AUGGACGACGCGAUACCGAGCGGCAUCAAUGGCCGCUCGGUCCUCGGCCCUCGUCAGGACAGCGAUCAAGACAUGCUCAACAAAGGCAACACCGACAUCUCGCCCUCUUCCUCAUCCACCCGCCUCCAUGGCCUCUACGACACCUCGCGUCUCAAGUCCUACUUUCGUUCACUGCUUCCUCUUCUGCUCGACUCGGAUGCUGACCUCUUAUCCAGCCUCCUUCUCGACACGCCGGAAUGGAAAGAGCUAGCCUCGGCAUUCGCUGGUGAUCCCGCUAUCACCACCGCUUACGUUAACAAGAUCCGUCGUCAAGACGUCUCCUCCGACGCGCCCGAACAUGAACUUUUCGAGUAUCACAUGUCUGCACAGGCUUCCUACUCUUCGCUGCACGUGUCUAGCAUUGCCCUUGUCAAACGUGUCCCUGUGCUCGAUCCCACUGUGCCCUUGCCACAUCAACUUCACGUGCUUACCCUCUUCGGUCCAGCAGCCGCCUCUUCCGCUUCCGCUUCCGCUUCCACCGCCCCGGCAACGCCAGCCUCAACUGAAGCAGAUACUCCUAGUCUGCAUCCAACCAACAACGCUGUCGCCAAUCUCGACCAUGCCGACACUUCAUCGGCCGCUUCAGCUGUCCGUGAAAGUCCCUACGAAGCGCUGCACAGCGUCGUCCACAACGUCAUGUCGCCCUGGUUUGACGCCUUUGUAGCCAGCAAAGCGCCCAAGGACAAGCCGCUCCUCUCGGGCGCAAAAUCAAAGGACAGCGACGCAAAAAUGGGCAUUCCCAUGGCAAAACGCAAAUUUGCCGAGCUCGAGCUCAGUCUGUUCCAUCUGCAGCAGAACGUCGAGAUCCCCGACAUCAUCCUCACCAUUCACCCUGUCGUGCGUGCCGCCGUCGAUCGAUGCCAUGCUGCCGCCACCCGCGUUAGGGUCGAGGCCGUCGAGCCCGCCUCUCUUCUCCAAGACUCGUCCUUCCUCAACAAGCUCCAGUCCGACGUCAACUCGUGGGUCAAAGAGGUCCAGACCAUCACCAAGCUUGACCGUAGCGUCGCUUCCGGCACCGCUUCUCAAGAGAUCAAUUUUUGGCUCUCCAUGGAAAAGGCCCAAGAAUCCAUCGAGCAGCAGCUUCGCUCCGAUCCCAUCGUGCUCACUCUCGACAUUCUCAAGCACGCAAAGCGCUUCCACGCCACCGUCUCGUUCCUCGCCGACACUGGCCUCAAGGACUGUGCCGAAAAAACGCACAACUACAACCUUUUGAUGAAAGACUUUCCUAUCAACGAGCUCCUCUCCGCUACCGAUCUCGACAAGUGCGCAGACGCUCUCGGCGCCAUCUUCAAUCACCUCAACAAGAAGCUCCGCAUCAGCCCCUACCCAGUCAAACGUGCGCUCCCCCUCGUGGAAGCCAUCAGCAGAGAUCUCAACGAUACGCUUCUCAAGGUGCUUGCAUCUCAACGCAUCAUGUGGCAAGACUUUUCGCGCUUCUGGGACACCGUAUCUGCUGCCGCCGAGGUCUUUCAUGUUUGGGACGAGCUCAUGAAGGAUUUUGUCAACAUCGCCAGAGAGGUCACCCGCAAGCGCUCCGAAAAGUUCCUCCCCAUCAAGAUUAACCCAGCCCACGCAAAGCUCCGCGAGCGUCUCAACUACAUUGGCGCCUUCCGCAAGACGCAUGAGCAGUUGCGCGCCAUGGUCAGCUCCGGAAAAGGUCUCGCCAUGUCUGGUGCUAACAACGCUGCAGCCGCUUCUUCCAACGACAGACACGUCGCUACCCAGAAUCUCGCAGGCAUCGAGAUGAGCGAAGAGAUCCGCGCCGCCUACGACCAGGUCAAGGUCAUCGAUGUGCUCGAUGUCUCCAACGAGGGCACCGAGAUCUGGACCACUGCUGAAGCCGCCUACAACGAGCGCGUUGCGCGUGUCGAAAACAGCCUCAUCGCGCGCUUGCGACACUUGCUCGGCCAGGCCAAGUCUGCUCGCGAGAUGCUGCGCGUCCUCUCCCAAUUUAACAGCCUCUUUGUGCGUCCCAAGGUACGCGGCGCCGUCCAAGAAUACCAGCAACAGCUGCUCAACAGCGUAAAGUCCGACAUCAAGGCGUUGCACGACAAGUUCAAGGCUCAAUACCGUCCCUCGGAAGCCAACCACAUGAGCCAACUCCGCGACGUUCCCGAAAUUGCCGGCGCCAUCAUCUGGGCCCGCCAGAUCGAGCGUCAGCUCAACGUCUACAUGAAGCGCGUCGAGGAUGUGCUCGGUAAGGGCUGGGAACUUUACGCAGAGGGUCAGAAGCUGCAGACCGAAAGCGAAACCUUCCGUCGCAAGCUCGACACAAGGCCUCUCUUCGACAGCUGGCUGCACGACAUCAAUCGCAGAGACAUGAGCAUCGCCGGCCGCGUCUUUGACGUCACCAAGAACCGCGCUGCCGGCAACGCGUUCCAGCUCAGCGUCAACUUUGACGGUCACACAAUCUCACUCUUCAAAGAGGUACGCAUCUUGAUUUGGCUCAACUUCCAAAUCCCGCAUGCAAUCACCAACCUCGCCAAAGACGCCAAACGUGUCUACCCGCACGCCGUAUCGCUCAUGGAGACGGUCCGCACCUACAACCAGACCUGCAGCCUGGUCCGUGCCAACCCCGAGAUCACUUGCCUCAUCGCUCAGGUCUACACCGAUGCGCACCAACUCAUCUCGCAAGGCAUGACGUUGCGUUGGGAGCACUUUGCCAAUAUCUACGAGAGUUCUCGUGCAGCAUCCUACCUGCCUGGUUCCAGUGGCGAGCCUGGCCGCGAGAAUCGCCAGAUUGCGUUUGUGCGUCAAUUUGCCAGCGUUGUCAGCCUCUUCCAGGACAAGACGGCCGAGCUUAUCGAGAUUCAGCGCGACAUGCACUCCACCAUCGACGAGCUUGCAAAGUGCCAGUAUCGCACCGACGCUUUUGCGCAACGACUCCAAAAGAUCCAGGACACCAUCGACAAGCUCAACCUCGAAGGCUAUCCCAACCUCGAAGAGUGGGUGGGCAAUCUCGACCGUCUUAUUGAAGACGUGCUGCUGCGCAGGCUCAAGUCGGUCAGCAUGGCAUGGUGCCGCGCUUUUGUUCGACCCGGUUCGAGCCCGAGUGGUCCCAAUGCUGGCUCGGUACGUGGCGAUCGAGGACUCCAGAGCAUCGCCAACGGCGCCACCGGCCCUGUAGAUGGCCAAGCAGGUGCAGCACCCGAUCAGAUCGUCUUGGAGCCCAUCACCCAUGAAGUGCGAAUCCAAAAUCAAGUCAUCUUCCUCGACCCGCCCCUUGAGAACGCGCGAGCUUCGUGGUUCCGACAGCUGCACGAGGUUCUUUCCGUGGUCUGCUGCCUCAACCGAGUUCAGAGCUCGCGCUACGAGAUUGGUCUCCAGAUGCGUGGCAAGCAGCAAACCACGCAGCAAGACUACGCUUCGCUACUCACCCGCUUCCAGGACGACUCACUCACACGACCUUUUGUCCUGAUCGAGGCCAAACUGGCCGAGGUCGGAAGCUACGUGUCCAAAUGGCUUCAGUUCCAGUCGCUCUGGGAUCUCGAGUCCGAGCAUGUCUUUGCACGCCUCGGCGAUUCGCUCGCCAACUGGCAACAGCUCCUCGCCGAAAUUCGUCGCACGCGUGCUACCUUCGACAAUUCGGACACGCAGCGCUCGUUCGGCAUCUGCGUCAUCGACUAUGAUCAGGUGCAGAGCAAGGUCAAUGCCAAAUACGAUACCUGGCAGCGCGACAUUCUCAAUCGCUUUGGCACCAAGCUCGGGGCUGCCAUGCGAGAGGUGCAUGCUACCGUAGCCAAGGCGCGUGUCGAGCUCGAGCAGCACAGCAUCGAGGGCAGCUCAACCGCACAGGCCGUCACUUUUAUCACCUUUGUUCAGGACCUCAAACGCAAGACCAAGGUGUGGCAGCCCCAGAUCGAGCUCUUUGGCACAGGCCAAAAGACGCUCGAGCGCCAGCGCUACAUGUUCCCACAGGAUUGGCUGUACGUCGACCAGGUUGAUGGCGAGUGGAGUGCGUUCCAGGAGAUUCUUGGCCGAAAGAAUGCCAGCAUCCAGGAACAGCUUGCCGGUCUGCAGAUGAAGAUCAUUGCCGAAGACAAGAUUGUCAGCGACAAGAUGUCCACCGUCAUCAGCGAGUGGGAGCAGCAGAAACCCAUCCAAGGCACGCUCAAAGCCGACGGCGCUAUGAACACCAUCAAUGUCUUUGAAACACGAGUCUCCAAGCUCGCCGAAGACCGUGCGCUGGUGGUGCGCGCAAAGGAGGCUCUCGACCUGGAGCAUACGCAGGACGACCGCCUCGAACCCGUCUUUGAAGAGUUGCGCGACCUCAAGACGGUGUGGACCGCACUCUCCGGAACGUGGAGCCAGCUUGCCGAGAUCCGAGACACAAAUUGGAACAACGUUCAGCCGCGAAAGCUUCGACAGCAGCUCGAUGCAUUGCUCGCACAGACGCGGGACAUGCCCAGCCGAAUGCGCCAGUACGCCGCUUUCGAGUACGUCCAGGAGCACGUGCGUGCUCUGCUUAAAAGCAAUCCUGUCAUCUCUGAUCUCAAGUCCGAGGCGAUGCGUGAGCGUCAUUGGCGCUCGCUCUUUAAACAACUCAAGGUGCAGGAACACUACUCGGCCAGUAGCAUGAUGCUUGGCACCGUCUGGGAUCUUGAUUUGAAAAGGCAUGAUGCCAUCGUCAAGGCGGUUGUCGCUCAGGCCCAGGGAGAGCUGGCGCUCGAAGAGUACCUCAAGCAAGUGCGUGAAGCGUGGACCAACUACACGCUCGAUCUUGUCAACUACCAAAAUAAGUGUAGGCUCAUCCGCGGCUGGGACAAUCUCUUCCAGCUUGCCGGUGACAACCUCAACGCGCUGCGAGCUAUGUCCAUGAGCCCGCACUACAAGGUGUUCGAAGAGGAAGCCUCGCUCUGGGAAGACCGGCUGUCCAAAAUCUCGGUCCUUUUUGAUACCUGGAUCGACGUCCAGCGACAGUGGGUUUAUCUCGAGGGCAUCUUCACCAGCAGUGCCGAGAUCCGCCACAUCCUGCCCGUCGAGAGUUCGCGUUUCCAGAACAUCAACACCGAGUUCCUCACCGUGAUGAAAAAGGUGUACAAGUCGCCCUUUGUGCUCGAUGUGCUCAACAUUCCUGGCGUGCAAAAGAGUCUCGAGCGUCUGGCUGACCUGCUCAGCAAGAUUCAAAAGGCGCUUGGAGAGUAUCUGGAACGCGAACGUGCCAACUUUCCGCGCUUCUACUUUGUCGGUGACGAGGAUCUCCUCGAAAUCAUCGGCAACUCCAAGGACACGGCGCGCAUCCUCAAGCACCUCAAGAAAAUGUUUGCCGGCAUUGCUACGAUCGAAUUUGACGAGGAGGCAGGCAAGUUGAUGGCCAUGGUCAGUAGGGAAGGCGAGACCGUGCCCUUCCGCACGCCUAUCUCGCUUAAGGACCAUGCCAAGAUCAACGACUGGCUUGCGAAAGUGGAGAGCGAGAUGCGCAUCUCGCUUGCCGAGCUUCUGUCGGAGGCUGCCGCUGAACUCGAGUCGUUCUAUACUAGCAUCGAGUUGCUGACGCUCGAUUCCUUCCUUGCGUGGAUCGCAAAGUAUCCCGCGCAACUGGUGGUUCUGGCUGUGCAAGCUCGGUGGACCGCCAUGGUGGACGAGGCCUUUGAGAGCGGCGCCGGUCUGCAGCAUCCGCUCGACGUCGUGCUGCGUGGACUCGACCUGCUCGCCGACACGGUGCUGACCGAUGUCGAGGCACUGCAGCGCCGCAAAUGCGAGCACCUCAUCACUGAGCUAGUCCAUCAGAGGGAUGUGAUUCGUCUGUUGGUCUCGCAGCGUGUCGAGAGCGCUCGCGAUUUCAACUGGCUCUCGCAGAUGCGCUUCUACCUCAAUCGUCAGAUCGAAAAGCCGCUCGACAGGCUCACGGUUCAGAUGGCCAACGCAACAUUCCCUUACGGCUAUGAGUACCUCGGCGUGCCUGACCGCCUCGUUCAGACGCCUCUGACCGACCGUUGCUACCUCACGCUCACACAGGCGCUCCACUACAAGCUUGGCGGUGCCCCGUUCGGUCCCGCAGGUACGGGUAAGACCGAGUCGGUCAAAGCGCUCGGCGUCCAGUUGGGAAUGUUUGUAAUUGUCUUUUGCUGUGACGAGACAUUUGAUUUCCAAGCUAUGGGUCGUAUCUUUGUCGGUCUCUGCCGAGUCGGCGCAUGGGGAUGCUUCGACGAGUUCAAUCGACUCGAGGAGCGCAUCCUGUCGGCUGUCUCACAGCAGAUCCAAAGCAUCCAGCAAGGUCUGGCCGACUCGACAAGCGGCAGCAAUACUAGCGGCAAGGAGAUCGAGUUACUGGGCAAGCGCGUCUCUCUCAACGAACGUGUCGGUAUCUUUAUCACCACCAAUCCAACAUACGCUGGUCGAUCCAACUUGCCCGACAAUUUGAAGAAGCUCUUCCGUAAUAUGGCCAUGACGCAUCCUGAUCGCGAGCUUAUCGCCCAGGUGAUGCUCUUCUCGCAAGGUUUCCGCACCGCUGAGACGCUGGCGUCCAAGGUCGUGCCGUUCUUCAACCUCUGUCUCGAGCAGCUCAGCCCCCAGCCACAUUACGAUUUCGGAUUGCGAGCGCUCAAGGCGGUGCUCGUCAGCGCUGGCCAGCUCAAGCGAGAGCAUAUGCUGAAUGGUGGCGACCAAGCCGAAAGUGCGCAUGCCGCCGUAUCGAUCGACGUGUCGGAGCAGGAGAUCUUGAUCCAGAGCGUCUCCGAAACGAUCGUGCCUAAGCUGAUUGCCGAAGAUGUACCGCUGCUCAAGAGCCUGCUGUCAGAUGUGUUUCCCGGCGUCGAGUACAAGCCGGUCAACCUCGAUGUGCUCCGCAACCACAUUGCUGCUGUGUGCGCCGAGCGACAUCUGGUCGAGGGCGGUCUGUGGACCGAAAAAGUGCUGCAGUUGUAUCAGAUCCAAAAGAUCUCGCACGGUCUCAUGCUUGUCGGACCGUCAGGUACUGGUAAAACGCAGGCCUGGCAGGUGCUGUUGGCGGCACUGGAGCGAAUGGAGGGACAAGAGAGCGUUUCAUACGUCAUCGACCCUAAAGCUGUGUCGAAGGAGAGUCUCUACGGUACGCUCGACCCUACCACUCGAGAGUGGAACGAUGGUCUGUUCACUCAGGUGCUGCGCAAGAUCAUCGACAACGUCCGUGGCGAGAGUGCGAAGCGUCACUGGAUCGUAUUUGAUGGUGAUGUGGAUCCUGAGUGGGUCGAGAACCUCAACUCGGUGCUCGACGACAACAAGCUGCUAACACUGCCCAACGGUGAACGUCUCAAUCUGCCGCCCAACGUGCGUGUCAUGUUUGAGGUCGAAUCGCUGCGCUAUGCCACGCUGGCUACCGUGUCGCGUUGUGGUAUGAUCUGGUUUAGCGAUGAUAUUGUGCGCCCAUCGAUGGUGUACACGAGGUACUUGACGGGUCUGCGCUCGACGCCGAUCGAGCUGGACGAUGACGGGCUGGCCAGCGCUGUAGCGUCACACAGGGCUGUCGCUGCGGGUAACGCCGCUUCUGCCACGGGAACGAACGAGGUCAGUCCAGAUCUGCAAGUGCAAAGAGCCGUAGCCGACGCGCUGGCGCCCUUCUUCGAGGACGACGGUCUUGUCAACGGAGCUCUCGAAUUUGCCAGGACGGUGCCGCACAUUAUGGACUUUACCGAGGCUCGCGCGUUGUCGACGCUAUUUUCGUUGAUCAACAAGACGGUGCGCAACAUCCUGGAUUACAACACACAGCAUCCCGACUUCCCGCUCGGUCCUGAACCGAUUGAAGCGUAUGCGACGCGCCGAUUGCUGCUGGCGCUUGUCUGGGCGUUUACGGGCGAUGCUAAGCUCGAUGUGCGUGCACAGAUGGGCGAGUAUCUUCGCAACCACACUGGUGUCGAUCUGCCGGCUCUCGGACCGGGAUCUUCGCUGAUUGACUACGACGUGAGCUUUGCAGGUCAGUCGGUGGAAUGGUCUUCGUGGCUGUCCAAGGUGCCUACAAUCGAGAUUGACACAGCGGCGGUGUCAACAGCCGACGUUGUGGUGCCGACCAUUGACACGGUGCGACACGAAGACGUGCUGUACUCGUGGCUGUCGGAGCACAAGCCGCUCAUGCUUUGCGGGCCUCCAGGCUCUGGUAAGACGAUGACACUGUUCUCGGCGCUACGCAAGCUGCCGGACAUGGAAGUGGUGGGACUCAAUUUUUCGUCUGCCACCACACCCGAGUUGAUCCUCAAGACAUUCGAGCAGUACUGCGAGUACCGCAAGACGCCGAACGGGAUUGUGCUGUCUCCGACGCAGAUUGGUCGCUGGCUGGUAUUGUUCUGCGACGAAAUCAACCUGCCGGCUACGGACAAGUACGGGACUCAGCGGGUCAUCUCGUUCCUGCGCCAGCUGGUGGAGAGCGGCGGGUUCUGGAGGAUCAGCGACAAGGCGUGGGUCAAGCUGGAGCGCAUCCAGUUUGUGGGUGCUUGCAAUCCUCCCACGGAUCCAGGGCGAGUGCCGCUCUCGCAUCGAUUCCUGCGCCAUGCGCCGCUGAUCAUGGUGGACUAUCCCGGUGAGAUCUCGCUGAAUCAGAUCUACGGUACGUUUAACCGCGCGCUGUUGAAGGUGACGCCGAAUCUGCGCGGCUAUGCGGAGGCGUUGACGGCGGCCAUGGUGGAUUUCUACUUGGCUUCGCAGCGGAGGUUUACGCCGGACAUGCAGGCGCACUACAUCUACUCUCCGCGAGAACUGACGCGCUGGAUGAGGGGUAUAUACGAGGCGAUCAAGCCGUUGGAGAGCCUGAAUGUGGAAGGACUGGUGCGCGUGUGGGCACACGAAGGGCUUCGGCUGUUCCAGGAUCGAUUGGUGGGGACCGAAGAAAAGGCGUGGACGGAUGCACAGAUUGACGCGGUGGCAGCAUCGCGCUUCCCGACACUGGACAUUGGGUCGGCACUGGCGCGACCGAUAUUGUUCAGCAAUUGGUUGAGCAAGGAGUACCGGAGCGUGGAUCGCGAGUCUGUGCGCGAGUAUGCCAAGGCGCGCUUGAAGGGGUAUUCGGACGAGGAGUUGGAUGCGAAGCUGGUGCUGCACGAUUCCGUGUUGGAUCUGGCGCUGUCGUGCGAUCGGGUGUUGCGCCAGCCUGCGGGGCAUUUGUUGUUGAUAGGAGCGUCCGGGUCGGGGCGUACGACGGUGACGCGCUUCUGCGCAUGGCUGCGCGGUCUAUCGCUCUUCUCGAUCAGCACAUCCAACAAGUACACUGAAGACAAUUUCGACGACGAUCUGCGCGCUCUUCUGCGUCGUGUUGGCUGUAAGGCCGAAAAGGUCUGUUGGACAAUCGACGAAUCGCAAAUGUCGAACCCGGCGCGUCUUGAAAAACUCAACACGCUCCUCGCCAACGCCGAAGUCGCCGGCCUCUUCGAAGCCGACGAACUCACCUCGCUCAUCACCCAGCUCAAAGACGCCGCAUCCCGCACCGGCCUCCUCCUAGACACCCACGACGAACUCUUCUCCUUCUUCCGCAACCAGAUCACCGCCAACCUCCACGUCACCCUCACCAUGAACCCCCCCCACUCCGCCACCGCCGCAAAGGCCGCUGCUUCCCCCGCCCUCUUCAAUAGGACCAGCAUCAUGUUCUGCUGGUAA